GUGCGCAGCUGAGUUACUAGUUUUAGUUUAAGCGUUUUUGGGGCGUUCUAGCACAGGCCGGAACUGCUCAACUUUCCUUGAGUUAAGAAUCCAUCGUGAAACACAUCCGCGAUUUUUCUGCCUAGGUAUCAUGUAGAGUCAAUGCAUGAUCAUGUUGAGUGCAUCCAUGCUGCUAACAACACCCCGGCACCAUAGACCAGUCAAGUCAAAGACGUUUGAUCAGGAAAAGGCGGGUAAUCUGACAUGGUUGUUGAAGGGGUUUGGAAGACAAAAUCUGGCGAAGACCUACGGGUGAGGGAAGUAUGGCAGGAGAAUUUGGACGAGGAGCUGGAGAUUAUUCGCAAUGUUGUGGACGACUACCCUUUCCUAGCCAUGGACACUGAGUUCCCUGGAGUGGUCGCGAGGCCAGUGGGACCUUUCAAAAACAGUGGAGAGUAUCAUUACCAGACCCUGAGGUGCAAUGUGGACAUGCUGAAGCUCAUCCAAUUAGGGCUCACCUUCUCUGAUGCCAAAGGAGAAUUGCCUCGAUGGAAGGGGGAGCUCUGUGUCUGGCAGUUCAACUUCAGGGAGUUCAAGCAGUCAGAGGACAUGUUUGCCCAGGACAGCAUUGAGCUCCUGAAGGACUCUGGCAUAGACUUCGCGCGGAAUGAGGCCAGGGGUAUUGAGGUGCACCGGUUUGGAGAGGUCCUCAUGUCAUCCGGCAUUGUGCUGAACGAGGAGAUCCAAUGGGUGACAUUCCACAGCGGGUAUGACUUUGGCUACCUCCUAAAGGUGCUCACCUGCCAGCCGCUUCCGGCAGUGGAGGCGGAAUUCUUUGAGCUCUUGCAGAUCUACUUUCCCAACGUGUACGACAUCAAGUACCUGAUGAAGUUCUGCGGGAACCUGCAUGGCGGCCUCAACAAGCUGGCAGAGACGCUGGACGUGGAGAGGAUAGGGCCUCAGCACCAGGCCGGCUCUGACAGUCUGCUCACCUCCAAGACCUUCCAUAAGCUCAUCGACACGCUGUUCAACGGCAUCGAUGGCGUGCUGAAGCACAGAGGGGUGCUGUAUGGGCUGGGCAGUGACGGCAACAACGAGAUCAUCCUCAACCAUGACUGACCGCAGACAGUCCCUCCACACAACAGCUGACCGUAGCAGCAGCCUUAGCAGGAAUGUUCAGGAGUGCGUUCUCCGGUGACCUUUGACAGCUGCCAGUUGAUGCAGCGGCCGGCAUGUCGUUCUGUUGGUUUCAUGCUUUGAAGGCCCGGUUGACGAUGGAUGUGAUGUGCCCAUCGAUAUCGUGGCUUGGCACGGAUUUUUUGAUUAUCAGCCUGCCGACCCUCACAGGAAGGAACUUUGUUCUCCGGAGGGAUGGUGCCAUGCUACACAUGUAAUAUGAGGC